AUUUGGGAUUCUGCAAACAAAUAUAGCUACGGUGGCACUUUGUAAGUCGAGAGUUUAAAACAAGGCAGAAGUUGGCAUUCGAGUUCUUAUAUAUUUUACUCGUUAACGGGAUCAAAUGGAUUUUCCAAAGCUGCCACCUCACGAUGGACCCUUUCUGUCUGUGGUUGACAUGCACACUGGAGGAGAACCUUUACGCAUCAUCGUAAGCGGGUACCCUACCGUGAGUGGAGACACCGUGCUCGAAAAGCGGCGGUAUGUACGAGACCAUCUCGAUCAUCUACGCAAAGUGUUAAUGUUCGAGCCCCGUGGCCACUAUGACAUGUAUGGAGCCUUAUUAGUCGAAAGUGAGAUACCUGAAGCGGAUCUCGGGGUUCUGUUCAUGCACAAUGAGGGUUACAGCACCAUGUGUGGCCAUGCUGUGAUCGCUCUCGGCCGUUUUGCUGUAGACUACGGUUUGGUAAAGACUCCAACUGCUCCCGAGACCCAAAUAAACAUCCACUGUCCAUGUGGCUUGGUGAAGGCUUUUGUGGAGUAUAGCAACGGUAAAACAGGAGCAGUGAGGUUCCACAGUGUGCCAGCGUUUGCUUUUGCCACAGAUGUGAAAGUCACCGUUCCAGGAUAUGGUGAAAUCACAGUGGACAUAAGCUACGGAGGAGCUCUCUAUGCCUUCGUGAAUGCUGAAAUAUUUGGACUGGAUGUCAAUAAGUCAAGAACAAGAGAUUUAGUGGAUGCAGCCACUGCCAUAACUAAUGCAGUCAAAUCUCAGGUGAAGCUCCACCAUCCUGUUAGUGAAGAUCUGGCUUUUCUAUACGGUACUAUUCUCACAGAUGGCAAAGAUGAUUUCUCUGAUGAGCCUACAGCCAAUGUGUGUGUGUUUGCUGAUGCCCAGGUGGACAGGAGCCCCACUGGUUCAGGUGUGACUGCUCGCAUUGCUCUGCAGUACCACAAAGGUCAGAUCCAGCUGCACAAGUCCAGGAGCUUCAAAAGCGGCACCACAGGAACUAUAUUUACAGGGAAGGCAGUACAGGAGACGACAUGUGGACACUUCAGUGCAGUGGUGGUCGAGGUUGCGGGUCAUGCUUACUACAGCGGCGUGGCCAGUUUUACUCUGGAGAACGACGAUACCCUGAAGAAUGGCUUCCUCCUCAGAUGACUGUAUUAAAGCUGAGAUCUAACAAGUGGAAUCUCACAGGAGUCUUUCUGGAAGAGGAUUCGGCACUUUCGCUUUCUAAGGAACAGAAGUAGAAUGUUUUUUUUUUGUUGUUAUUUUUCUGACUUUAUGGAAGAGAAAAAAAGUGAAUGGUUGGUUCUGCAAUAACGUAGAUGAUGUUGGCUAUUUGAGCAAUAAAACUUCAGGACAUGUGCAUCACCCCA